GUAAUUUGCAUAUAGAAAAUUUUUAUUUAUAUUUUUAAACUACUAUAUAUUAAAUAAAAUAUUUACACAAUAAUCUAAUUAUUGAAAAGUGCAGUGUAUUAAAAAUAGUACAAGAAUAAUUCAAUGAAUAUUCGUUUUUUGAAAAAAUUCUCAUCAACCAGUUGUAAUGAAAAGUUAUAUGAUUGUUAAAUAAUAAAAUAAAGGAAAAAUUUGAUAUUCAAGAAUUCUAUAGUCAAUAAUUCGAUAACAGAGAAUAGGCUUCGACGCGUAGUAGCGCGUCGCGCGUGGCAGUCGUGACUGUUCCAGCGCUUGCACGUCGUUCUUCAAAUUCGCGUAAUUCACUCAUUUUUUAAAGAUAAUAAUUGAAUUACAGUAAACCAUGUCUAUUUUAUGGAAACCAACGACAGUGACAUCAAUAACAAAAGAAAAACUAAAAUAUUAAAAUAAUGAAGUAAACGUUCACUCAGAGUUAAGGCAUAUUACCAAUUGUUAAACUAUUAGUAUUUUACACUGAAUGAUUAAAGAAACUUGAUAUAUUGUAAGGAAAAAAAUAUUUAGUUGUAAAUACAAAUGAAAAAUUAUUCAAACUCAACUGUGAAGAAUGGAUAACUUUAAAAAUCCACUAGAAACGUUACAGCUUAUACCUAUUUUUAGUUAUUUAAACAUACUGAGUGAUUUUUUAUUUAUUGAAAAUUACCUAUCAGAAAUUGAUCAAAAUAAACAAAUUCCAAUUAUUAAUGCACUUUAUGAAUAUAUACAAGACUAUGAGAAUAAUACAUUCAAAAAAGGUGAAUUAAUUAGAGAAUUGUUAAAAGGAAGCGAUCUCUAUGGAGCGAAAGAUGACGAAUACGUUGAUGUUACUUUUGUUAAUGUUAUGUUUGACCACAUUAUUAGUUCUCUAGUAUUUCACAAAUAUGGAAAUAUUUAUGGUUUUUUGGCUAAUAUUUUUCGUCAAGCAGAAAACUUACAAAUACAAGUAGUAUUGAAUAGGAUAAUAUUAGAUCUUGAAAAUGCGUCUUUUGAAAAUGAAUAUGGGGAUAGUUCAACUCUUAGUUUUCUAGCAGUAGGUAGAAUAUAUAACGACAUAAUCUUACCUCUUUUUCCUAUACCAAAAGUCAAUCUUAGUUUAUUGUCUAUUGAUUAUAUUUAUGCACAAGCUGGUUCAAUGUUUCUUCGAGCUGGUAGAAUAAAUACCAACAAUUAUAUUAAAUUCGAAAACAAUGUCGCAAAUCCAACUGAGGAUAAUUUAUUUGAUCAAUACUUAAUAACUGGACAUGUCAUUGAAAAAUUAAUUUUUACUGAUCAGAAGAAUUUCGAAAUUUUAAAAUCUUUUGCCCUUCCAGCUUUAACGUAUUAUGUUUUUAAUUCAAAAUAUUUAUUUGAAUAUGAAAACAUGGCAAAUUUAAUUUCAGAAUCAGUUUUCUGGCAGACAGCUUAUGAACAUUUAUUUCAAUUUAUAAUUAAGGCUUCCAAUGACAUUAAAGUCAAAUUAAAUAAUGACUACACGUUAAAAAUGCACGCGGCACUCUCUAGUUUUCAAAGUAAGGUAGCAUUGGCUAAAACUUUCAUGGAUGAAUAUUGUUCGCAUUUAGAUAAAGAAGAAAGAGAUUCUGGAUUUUUAUUUUAUUUGCAUUAUCCCAAAUCUUUUUAUUGUGUAAUAGACAAACGUUUACCCGAUCCAAAUGAGUCUUUUAAGAAUCAACUCAACAGUUUAAUCGAAUUAUAUAAGAAAUUUAAUUUUCAAUUGGUUCAAGAGGCAUUUCCAAAAUCACUAAUAGAGAAUCUUGAACAUGUUAAAGUUAUUAUAAAAUUACUACUGCCUAACCAUUUAGAAGAACAUGGUGAUUUUUUAAAAGCAGAAUAUUUAUCUUAUGACCUUCUAGAAUUUAGUUUUCCUGAUAAUGUAAGUGAAAAUUAUUAUCUUUUAAAAACAGAAGAUUACAACGUUAUAUUAAGCAAUGCAAUUGAUAAUUCACAAAUUUUGAAAGAAGGAACUAUGUUACAUAUUGAAAAAUUAUUCAAUACGACGACAUAUAAAAUUUUAAAAACAGCUGAAGAAAAUUUUUCUUUAUUUAUUGAGAACUUUGUAAAUUAUAAAAAGUCGCGAUUAGAGUUAUAUUUAAAUUUUUUAGGAAAUUAUCAGGAGAAAAAUGAGUUAAAAAAUGAUUGGUGGAAAGAAUUUGGUUUAUCAUUAGUGCCAUAUUAUCCAUGUUUAAUAGAUACGUCUGGAACUAAUUACGGGAAUAUUUGUAAAUCAAAUAAGAUAAAACUUUUUUUCAAAUACGAAAAUGACAUAUCUUUAAAAGCAAUAAACAAUAGUACUCAAAAUUUUCUGUCUUCAUUAGGUACAAAUUUUAAAUCAGUAUUUUUAAAAUUUACAAUUAGUAAAACAGUACAUAAAUUUCUAAAUGAACAACAAAAAUCUAGAUUAACAUUAAAAAAUUUAUUAAAUAAAAUUGAAUUAUUUGAAGAUAUUUGUUUACACAUAAAAGAUCCUUCUUUUCAAUUAACAUUUAUAACUAAAGACGAUAUAAAUGUACUUGAAAGAAUAAUUAAUUCAUUAAGAGAAAAGUUUGAUUUUAGUUUUACGUCAAUCAUUAAUAAUCUCUCUAAUAUAUCAACUUUAAAAUCAAACUUAUACAAAAGCGUUGGUACUAUUGGUGAAAAUGAUUCUCGAUUAAUUUUCAUAAAUACUUUAAAUAUUCAAAGUAAUACUGGUUAUGGUUAUAAGUUUAUUUUUCUAUCUGAUGAUGUAUCAAAAAUUGCACAAUUAAGAACUGGUUACGAAUUAAAAGAUGAAAGAUUAUUUACACAAGGAGACACAGAAAACGCAAUAAAAAAAUAUAUUGCAUUAAAUAAUGUAAGUUUUAAACCUGAACCUGAUCAUUCUAUGUAUGAAAUUAAUAGUAAACUUUGGCGUAGACCUACUAAACUUAUGUUUUCUGGAAUACCAAUUCAAGCUGAUGAUUAUAAUGAGAAAUGUAAUGACAUUAAGAACCUUCAAAUUUGGAAAAUUAUUAAUAUUUGCCGAAGACAACAACGUUUUAAUGAAAAAUCUACAUAUGAAGAAGAAACGAUAAAAUUGAUUACAAACAAGACAAAUAUUCCUGAAGAACGGAUACGCAACGUGUUUGACAAAUUCACAUUUCCAGAUAAAUUGGCUCUAACGCAUUUUAUCAAUGAUUGGCUAAAAAACAAUUCCUUUGAAGCACCUCUUUGGAGUAGAAUCUAUAAAAUUGAGAAUUCUGAUCUUUUAAAAAAAUUAAAAUACGACUCACGUUUUGAAGAACAUGAUAUAUCAAAUUUUGAUGGUGAAUUUAGAAUCAAUGCUCUUUACUCAAAAGCAGAAAGACGUCAAAUUGAGGAAGAAGCACCGUUAAAAAAUAUAAUUAAAGAGUAUAAUCAACAGAAAGCAAGUUAUUCUGUUGCAUUUCAUGAUUACUAUGCAAUACAAAAUUAUGCGACAACCGGAUACACAAGAAUAACAAGAGAUACUCAAGAAGCAAAACUGAUGAAAAUUGCAUUAUAUAAAUUAGCUAUAAGACAGUCAGACGAUCCGGAGGGGGAGUUCGACUUAAAAUUAUUUAAAGUCGAAACUAAACCAAUUGCAAUUGCCAAAUUAUUUUCUACUCAAAAUAACAUUACUUUGCAAAAAUUUACACAAGCUUCACCAAAUGCAGGUUCUGCUAUAAGAUUGGGAGGUUAUCCAGCACCUGGAUGUAUAAACAUUUUGUAUGAAAUGGUAUUUAGUAGACCUUAUGUAAGGGCAAAAAUUGAACAAAUUUAUAACAUAAAAGAGAAUAAUGUAAUUCUUCUACCUGGAAGCAGUUUUCUUAUUGUAGACCGUAGAAUGUUAGGCAUUGGUGGAUUAGGCAAUGUAUUAAAAUUAAAGCUAAUGUUUCAACAUAUUGAUAAUGAAAAUUAUUUUUGGUACAAAAAUAUCAUGAAUGAAAUUGUACAUAUUAAGUUUUAAACAUUGUUUGAUCUUUUCAUAUUAUUACAUAUUUUUUCUAAAAUUUUUUGUCGCGACAAUAAAAAAAAAAAAUAAUAGAGAAAAUUGUUUGAAAACUACUUUAGAAAAUAGAAAUCUUGAAUUCUGUAGAGAAUAAAUUUGUGUAAAUUAUGCAACUAGAAUGUAAUUAGAUAUGGAAAAUUUUUUUUUAAUGAA